UCCAGCCCUCUCCACUCCGCCAGACUGAAGCUCGGCGGAGAGGGCUUUGUAACGCGCCCGCACUCUGAGGACAGAGCCGAUUCGCGGGAGGUUGCGGCUGCGCGAGGCGCCUUUUCCUGGGCGCCACCGGGAAAAGCCCCACUUAACUACAGGCCACUCAGCCAUUGUACGCCUUCCCUCCCCCCUCCCUCCUCAGCUCGCGGAAAGGGAACUGAAGCUUAGUUGAGCUCUUCCCGAGUGGGGAGAGCGGGCUAGAGAGAGGUGGGAAAGCAGGAAGGGUGUUUCGAAGCUCACGGCGAGCGGAGGAUUAUCGGGGACAGUUUGCGUCUGGGGGCUGCAAAGUGAGCGAGGAGGACAAGGGCAUGCUCAGUGGCGGCGGUGGAGAUGCGGGCCUGGCCAACGCCGCGGCUCGGGGGCAAGUGGAGACCGUGCGUCAACUUCUGGAAGCCGGUGCGGAUCCCAAUGGACUCAACCACUUCGGGAGGCGCCCGAUCCAGGUCAUGAUGAUGGGCAGCGCACGUGUGGCGGAGCUGCUGCUGCUCCAUGGCGCGGACCCCAACUGCGCGGACCCUGCCACCCUCACCAGACCGGUGCACGACGCCGCCCGGGAGGGCUUCCUGGACACUUUGGUGGCUCUCUGCCGAGCCGGGGCGCGGCUGGACGUGCAAGACGCCUGGGGCCGCCUGCCGGUGGAUCUGGCUGAGGAGAGGGGCCACCGUGACGUUGCCCGGUAUCUGCGCGCGGCAGCGGGAGACUGAUGGCGCAUGCACACAACCGCCCACAACGACUUUUCUUUCUAGUUCCCCACCCCUAGUUCAAUGAGGGCUGCAAACGUGGAGCGGGGGAAGUCUUCCUGAGCAACUGGAUUCCCCGCAGGGAAGGAGGGGCAGACAGGGAAAAAAAUGCCUUUUUUUUUUUUUUUUUUUUUUUUGCUUUUCCUCUAGUUGCACCUCUAGACACUCACUGUGAAGACAAACCAGAGAGGGGCAAAUGGAUUUCAAGGAAGAUCUAGGAGCGGAAUGUGGAACUCUUAGUUUACUUUUCAGGAUUUUCUGGAGAAAAUGUGAAGAAAUCAGCGAACGACCCCAGAUGCGGCGAGUUUUACACAGAAAAUGCUGGAGCAGCGUAGGAGGCGGCGGUGAUAUGCGUUCGGGUGAGAGGCAGGUGAUAACGUUCGCCAUGUUGACCUCAAUGAGCCCUCAGUAAGCCCCCACUACGGGAGUUAGGCCCUGGGGGUAUGAGGGAAAAAAGCUGAAGACCGAGGACCAAAUAAGGACAACGGUUGAUGAGGGCGUCAGUGGACACCCAACACUUUCUUUUUGUGCCGUGCGGCUAGGAAAAGUCACGUGCAAAACUGCUACUUACUGGAAGCCUGGAGACUCGCGCCCAGCUCCACCGGAGAGUGACUGGGAAGAGAGGAUCCUGGAGCCACUUCGAAUUUGCCCACUUAUUCUUAAGUUUCCAUGGUCGAGGUGGUGCUAAACAGCUCUCCAGAGAACUGUUUGCUGUUUUUCAAUCGUGGUGAAAUUCCUAUGCUUUCCAGAGUUCUGCGCGCAGACUGAAGUGGAUUGUAGCGAGAGCAACUGUUGACAGACUGUUAACUGCAAAGAUUUGUUUUAUCUAUAUAGGAUAGGAUACAGAAAGCCGCCUGUGAAUUACCACUUGAAAAGAUUUCAUGAUAUUUUGUAAAUUGUUCUUCAGUAACAGUUUUACUUAAUAUUUAAGACUUACUUAAGACUUUAAAUAACAAAGUAGCUUGUGGCCCUGUGGGAAAGAGGGGAGGACGAAGUACAGCUUUUAUAUGAAGAUAUGUCACAGUGCCAACGCCCAGAUUACUUUCAUCCUUAACCUAUUUAUUUCUUUGUUAAAUUUUCUCUUUCCUUUACUAGAGUAUCUCAGUAUAAAAGAAAUAUGAAACAUUACAAACGUAUUUUAGAAAAUCGAUGCACUUACCCUGUAAAUUAUCUUGUGAUAUUUCCAAAGAGUUGCUGAAAGAGUAAAUUGAAUAUAAAACUGUUGAAAAAAUAUGAUGGUUCAUUGAAUAUCAUAAUAUUUGCUGGAAAAACUAAAGGCACACUGUUUGGAAAUUUAAUUUCCAGUGUUGCUUGAUUCAUUACAGCAUUGUAAUGAGUCAUUCUUCACUGCUUUCAUUUUUUUCUUUAUGGCCAUGCCCUUGGCAAAUGGAAGUUUCCAGGCCAGUCAGGGACUGAAUUAUACGUGUGUGUGUGUGUGUGUGUAUACAUACAUACUAGGACAUUACAUUAUCAUUAAACAUAUAUACAUAUAUAACUACAUUAUACAUUAUUGGAAGUUAAAUAGCACCUGGUUACACUGAAAUAGUAAUUUAUGUGUGCAUGUAAAAGUAAAUUCAGAUUUCAAAUCCACCUGGUAGGCAGGUUUGACUGGUGUGUUUUAUCAGCAGCACAAGUAUAUAUACUGUUAAAUUUGUUAAAGAUUUCACUUUGAAGUACACAUGCAAAUAAAUAUAGUUCUAUAUACAUGA